AUGUUGGGAAGCACCACCAAGAGCUUCUCCGACAUAGUGAUGAUGGGGAAAAUGAUAGAAAAUACUGUGAGAAGCGGUAAGAUAGAAUCGAGGGAGAGUACGAGGAAGUUGGCCCCGAGAAAAAGAGAUAAUGAAGUGAACAACACGAGCACAUUCAACAAAGGGCAAUCCAAGUCAUUCACCGUAAAUCAACCCAAGACGGUGACCACCAAUCAACAAAGCUCUCCCCUGUAUCCCAAAUGGUAUGACACAAACGCCCAAUGUGAAUACCACGCGGGAAUUACUGGGCACUCUAUUGAAAACUGCACUGCGUUCAAGAAAGUAGUCGAAAGACUCAUUAAGAUGGGGAUCGUGAGAUUUGAUGACUUAACCACACCCAACGUAGUAAGAAACCCACUCCCCAAUCAUUCUGACCAAGGAGUUAAUGGGAUAAGUGAAGGCAUGAGCAAGAAGAUUAAGUGUGAGGUUGCAGAAGUCAGGACCCUGUUGAGACGGGUGUGGAAGGAGAUGGUUAAGAGAGGGUUGAUCGUGUCGGAUUCAAGGGAAGUAUCUGAAGAAGUGAGAAACUACUGCGAGUUUCACAACAAGGUGGGGCAUGAAAUCCAAGAUUACGUGGAGUUCAAAGCCUUAGUACAGAACAUGAUGAACAAUAGGGAAAUUGAGUUUUAUGAAGAAGCUAAAAACCCCGUAGAGGGAGAUAUAUGUGCAUCGGAGGGAGAAUCAAAGGCGCAGAUUCAAACAGCUAACUACCCCAUGGUUAUCAUAUCGAGACCCAAAAAUAAUGAAGCUGGAGUACAAAUGCCACCGAGGGUCAUAAUUCAAAGACCCGCAGUCUUCCCCUACAAAGACAGCAAAAAGGUCCCAUGGAAUUAUGAUUGUAACGUGACGAUUUCGGGGAAGGAAAGCCUGGUGGAUGCUUCCAAAGAGGGUCAAGAUAGGGGCUCCUAUACACGUAGCAGAAAACGUUACGAUAUAGCAAAUGAGGAGACACAACCCAUAAAAGGAAAAGCCCCAGCGGUCGAGGAGAUGAAGGAUAAAGCGACCAAACGGGUUAACAAGCCAGUUAACAAGGAGGAGGCCAAGGAGUUUUUAAAAUUCCUAAAACAUGGCGAAUACAGUGUGGUGGAACAGCUACAUAAACAACCAGCCUGUAUCUCAUUGCUAGCCUUACUUCUAAGCUCAGAAGUUCAUUGCAGCGCUCUGAUGAAGGUCUUGAAUGAAACAUACGUUGCCAAUGAUAUCUUCGUUAACAAGCUGGGCCAUUUGGUUAGCAACAUAAGUGUCGACAAUUAUCUUUUCUUCAAUGACGAUGAGAUACCACCCGGGGGCAUGGGGUCGACUAAAGCUUUGCAUAUCACCACGCGCUGUAAAGGGUAUACGCUGCUAGGUGUACUGAUUGACAAUGGAUCGGCUUUGAACCUGGAAUCGGAGGGGAGGUUGAUAACGAUCAAGGCUGAAGAGGAUAUUAUUGCAACUGUGAGCAAUAACGCGUCCUAUUUGGAGAUAGAUGACGAGGCAAUUGAAUGUUUAUUUCGAUUUUUGGAAUUUGUUAAUGCAACCUUCAUCUCCGAGGGAAGCAAGAUUUUGGUGCCAAGAUUGUCUAAAACCACGAGGAUGAGCCUACAGUUGACGAUUGGAAAAGGGGCCCUACCCGGAAGAGGACUUGGAAGACAUCUACAAGGAAGGGUUUAA